GGCGUGCGCCACUGGGCUGACAGGGAGACAAAACAAACGCACGGGCUACAUGGCAGGCGCAGCGCCACUGAAAACACCAGUCCUGCUCCAUCCGUCGCGUCUCUGAUGUGGUUAGUUCCAAGAAACUGUUCGGCAUAACACAAUUGGGGAAAGCAAUCCUUCCGUAGAUGCUCAGCAGGCCGCAGCGACCCAGCGUUCCUCUGAGACCCUGAGCACUGAUGGCCACCACUGCCAAGAGACCCUCCCUUCAGGGCCCGGUGCCUCCUCCGCGCAAGAAAACCAGCCCCAAACCCGAGCUGACCGAGGAGCAGAAGCAGGAGAUCCGGGAGGCCUUCGAGCUGUUCGACACGGAUGGAUCCGGAUUCAUUGAGGUGAAGGAGCUCAAGGUGGCAAUGAGAGCGCUGGGAUUCGAACCGAAAAAGGAGGAGAUAAAGAAGAUGAUCGGAGAGGUGGACAAGGAUGGAACAGGGAAGAUCUCCUUUGCAGACUUCCUCGCUGUCAUGACACAGAAAAUGGCCGAGAAGGAUUCGAAGGAGGAGAUCCUAAAAGCCUUCCGGCUGUUUGACGAUGACGAGACAGGACGCAUCUCCUUCAAGAACUUGAAACGCGUGGCCAAAGAACUGGGAGAGAACCUCACGGACGAAGAGCUGCAGGAAAUGAUUGAUGAGGCUGACAGAGACGGCGACGGAGAAGUGAACCAGCAGGAGUUCCUGAGGAUCAUGAAGAAAACCUGCCUGUACUGAUGGUCCGACCCGAUACAUCCGCCUGUGGAUCCCAUGCUGCUCAACUGUGUCUCAUCGUCUUGCUUCACAUUCAAAUUCUAAGUGUGCUUCUGUUUUUAAAAGGGUCCUGUUCAUAAUGCUGCAGAUCUGAGGAAACUACGUUUUCUGUAUUUUCCCCCGCACAGUUUUUUCCAGGCGAGAAGUUGUUCAAAGAUUUGUGCCUGUGAGUCCUGAGGGAGUCGCGGUCUCUUUCACUUUCAGGGAAGCAGUUUGACCUCUGCACACCCACACCUUCUGUCAUUUACAGUUGUAGCACCUGUGUGUAUGUGUGUUUUCUGGAGAGCUGAGUAACAUGGUGCAUAGUGAGAAAAUAUAUCGAGUGUUUACGGUGUCUGUAUAUAUAUAUUGAUGUCAAAUGUUCUAUUCAGAAAUAAAGAUUUGCA